AUGCGAUCCCCGAUCCUCCUGGGCCUUGUCUCCUUGACAUGCGCAGCAACAACUCUCAUCCCCUCUCCUUGCUUCGACUCCUACUCCUCUCUGGAAGAAUACUUCGCCUACCUGUACCCUUGGGGCUCAGACCAUAAUGGGUCCGCGCAGAUGGGCGGCAACGCUUCCGAGCACGAGUACAUCUCCAUCGACUCGUGGGACGCUGGCGCUGGUCGCGAAGCCAGUUCGCGGCCAGCCUCCUACCAGCGGAGGGCUGGAGAUCAAUUAUCUCCCCGGCGCGGUACACUCGGCCACCACCUUCACCGUCGAGGCCGGCUGAAUGGGGCGGAGACCUGGCCGCCUGCGAUCGAUAUGGCGGAGUGGAAGGGGACCGGGGAUAUUAGUUUCAACACGUUCAAUACGUCCUCCGAGGUGCAGGCUCUGGAGAUCGCAUACUCGUCCCCAGAUGAGUUCCACAGCAUCAGAACGGAGAUCCUCACAACCCAGUUCGCGGGUGACUAUAUCGGCAAGCCAUUACACUUGUAUGUCUUCCUGCACGGAAUUAUAGGCAGAUGA